UCAAUUUUCAAGUUCAGCCAAUCCUUCUUUUUUUCAAAAGAAAUAUUAAGUACAUGAAAUCACGAGUAAGUCUCUUUCAUUUCUCUAUCAUUAUAGAAAAACCAUCCGUAUUAGAUUCUAUUAUCUAUAGAAUUCGAACCCGAACUCCAUUUAUGAUUCAUUAUUUCGAUCUAAUUGGCCAUUGUUCUUUUUUUUUUUUGAAUAGAUAUUGGAUUUCCGCCUAUCUAUUCUUUAUACCCUUUUAGGAUGAAUUAUGCCUAUUUUCACAUCUAGGAUUUACAUAUACAACAUAUAUCACUGUCAAGAGUGAAUUUUUCUUAGUAUUUGGAUUCAAAAUAAGAAGGAGAUCCAUUUGAUUUUAUUGUAAACUUGCAAAACAAACAUUGGGUUUGGGUUGCGCCAUAUAUAUCAAAGAGUAUACAAUAAUGAUGUAUUUGGAGUAUACAAUAAUGAUGUAUUUGAUGAAUCAAAUACAUGGUCUAAUAAUGAACCAUUUCAUUUUAACAUAACAUUGAAAUUAGUUGAUAAUAUUAGUUGAAUAUUUUUUUUCUUUUUUUUUAUUUUUAUUUUUGUCAAAGGUUUCAUUCAUGCAUAAUCUAUAUCGAGUAGACCUUGUCGUUGUGAGAAUUCUUAAUUCAUGAGUUGUAGGGAGGGACUUAUGUCACCACAAACAGAGACUAAAGCAAGUGUUGGAUUUAAAGCUGGUGUUAAAGAUUACAAAUUGAAUUAUUAUACUCCUGACUACGAAGUCAAAGAUACUGAUAUCUUGGCAGCAUUCCGAGUAACUCCUCAACCUGGAGUUCCGCCCGAAGAAGCAGGGGCUGCGGUAGCUGCCGAAUCUUCUACUGGUACAUGGACAACUGUGUGGACUGAUGGACUUACCAGUCUUGAUCGUUACAAAGGGCGAUGCUACCACAUCGAGGCCGUUGUUGGGGAGGAAAAUCAAUAUAUUGCUUAUGUAGCUUAUCCUUUAGACCUUUUUGAAGAAGGUUCUGUUACUAACAUGUUUACUUCCAUUGUGGGUAAUGUAUUUGGUUUCAAAGCCUUACGAGCUCUACGUCUGGAGGAUCUGCGAAUUCCCACUUCUUAUUCCAAAACUUUCCAAGGCCCGCCUCACGGCAUUCAGGUUGAAAGAGAUAAGUUGAACAAGUAUGGUCGUCCCCUAUUGGGAUGCACUAUUAAACCAAAAUUGGGAUUAUCUGCAAAAAACUACGGUAGAGCGGUUUAUGAAUGUCUACGUGGUGGACUUGAUUUUACCAAAGAUGAUGAAAACGUAAACUCACAACCAUUUAUGCGUUGGAGAGAUCGUUUCUUAUUUUGCACCGAAGCACUUUUUAAAGCGCAGGCCGAAACAGGUGAAAUCAAAGGACAUUACUUGAAUGCUACUGCGGGUACAUGUGAAGAAAUGAUGAAAAGGGCCAUAUGUGCCAGAGAAUUAGGAGUUCCUAUCGUAAUGCAUGACUACUUAACUGGUGGAUUCACUGCAAAUACUAGCUUGGCUCAUUAUUGCCGUGACAACGGCCUACUUCUUCACAUCCAUCGCGCAAUGCAUGCAGUUAUUGAUAGACAGAAAAAUCAUGGUAUGCAUUUCCGUGUACUAGCUAAAGCAUUACGUAUGUCUGGUGGAGAUCAUAUUCACGCCGGUACAGUAGUAGGUAAACUGGAAGGGGAACGUGAGAUGACUUUAGGUUUCGUUGAUUUAUUACGUGAUGAUUAUAUCGAAAAAGACCGAAGUCGCGGUAUUUUCUUCACUCAAGAUUGGGUCUCUAUGCCAGGUGUUCUGCCCGUGGCUUCAGGGGGUAUUCAUGUUUGGCAUAUGCCUGCUCUGACCGAAAUCUUUGGGGAUGAUUCCGUACUACAGUUUGGCGGAGGAACUUUAGGACACCCUUGGGGAAAUGCACCUGGUGCAGUAGCUAAUAGGGUGGCUUUAGAGGCGUGUGUACAAGCUCGUAAUGAGGGACGUGAUCUUGCUCGUGAAGGUAAUGAAAUUAUCCGUGAAGCUAGCAAAUGGAGCCCUGAACUAGCCGCUGCUUGUGAAGUAUGGAAAGAGAUCAAAUUCGAAUUCGAACCAGUAGAUAAGCUAGAUAAAGAGAAAAAGUAAGUGUGCAUAAUUCAGUAAUUCCUGUUUGUUCUCCUAAUUGAUUGCAAUUAAAGUCGGCCCAAUCUUUUCCUAAAAAAAAGAUUGGGCCGAUUGCCGAAUAAAAAAAAAAAGAAUGAGCAUUCUAUACUAUGUAUUUGCAUAUAUCUUUUAUAUGUACAGAUGUACAGAUCUUACCUAUAUAUAUACAAGAUAAGAUCGAAGACUAAACAACUCAAUACUUCUAUUGUUUGUUGUUGGAUCCAUAGGAUUGGAUUAAUUAUGGAUCCUUGGGAUUGGUGGACUUUUUUAUAUCUCCUAGUUUCAGGCCAUAGAUCAAGCCAAGGGAAAGGCUCCUUUACCCAUCCUAUAUAUUGUCUUUUUCGUUCCAUGUUAAAAUAGAAACUUAAUUAUUUGAUUAUACGAGAACAAAUUCUUUAUUCUUUAUUUAUAGAAAUAAACAACUAUCUCUAUUUUCGAUGAGAAUUUGUACAUCACAUGGAAGAAAGCUGUGUCUUUCUAUUUUAAAAUUUAUAAAAAGAUUCUAUCAA